CACUGACUGGCACUGAUAGGUGGCACUGAUGGGUGACACUGAAAGGCAGCUCAGAUGGGCACUGAUAUGUGGCAUUGAUGCGCACUGGUGUGCACUGAUAUGUGGCACUGAUGUGGCACUGAUGGGCACUGGCACGAGGCACUUAUGAGCACUGACAUAAGGCACUGAUGGACACUGACAGGUGGCACUGCUGGGGCUACACUGAUCAUCAGAGCACACUGAUCAUCAGUGCCCUGAUGAUCACUGUCAGCCUGACAGCUCGAGAGGAGAAAAAUGCUGAUAACCGGCAUUUCCCUGUUUACAAGUGAUCAGCUGUGAUUGG